AUGGCGAACCUCGAGUCGUUAGCCUCACUCGCCGCCAUCGUCGUCCUCAUCCUCCUCGAAGUCGCUGUCCUGUCCUCGUUCGCGGCCGCGCAGCUGUGGCCGGACUACUACGCCAGCGUCUGCCCCAACCUGGAGGGCAUUGUCCGGUACUCAGUGAAGCAGUCCAUGGCCAAGUCCCCCAUCUCCGCGCCCGCUACCCUCAGGCUCUUCUUCCAUGACUGCGCCGUCAUGGGCUGUGACGCGUCGGUGAUGAUCAUCAGCCCGACCGGCGACGACGAGUGGCGGAACCAGGAUGACUAUUCGCUGAAGCCGGAGGGCUUCCAGACGAUCCUGGACGCCAAGGCUGCCGUGGACAGCGACCCUCAAUGCCGUUACAAGGUGUCCUGCGCCGACAUAAUCGCCCUCGCCACAAGAGAGUCCGUCUCCCAGAGCGGAGGGCCCAACUACACAGUGGAGCUGGGCAGGUACGAUGGGAAGAUCUCGACGACGAACAGCGUCAUGCUGCCGCACGUCAACGACAACCUCGACAGCCUCAAUGCCUUCUUCUAUACCCUAGGCCUCUCCCAGAUCGACAUGAUCGCAUUAUCAGGUGCCCACACCUUGGGCGCGGCGGACUGCAGCUUCUUCCAGAACAGGACCAAGGGCAAGGACCCGAGCAUGAACCCGAGCUUUGACGCGCAGCUUCAAGGCACCUGUGCCAGACAGAACUUCGCUUUCCUGGACGACGUGACACCGGUGGGAUUCGACAACUCCUACUUCAAGCUCCUGCAGAACGGCAGGGGGCUCCUGGGCUCCGACCAGGUGUUGUACACAGACGAGAGAUCACGCAGUACCGUAGACUACUACGCGUCCAACCAGAGCACCUUCUUCUACGACUUUAGCGUCGCCAUGACAAAGCUCGACAGGGUUGGGGUGAAGACGGCCGCUGACGGCGAGAUACGCCGUGACUGUCGGUAUCCAAAUUAG